AUGACAUUCGCUGAACCUGCACUCAACCUCAUUUUGGGUGACACUAUCAACGCCCUCAAAAAGGCAGAGAGAAAUAGUGGCGAUCCAAAUCUAGGAAACGCCCCCGCUAUUUUCCGCGAAACGGCCGUACGCAUCCCAUCUCUCCUAACGUACUUCGAAAAAUUCAAGCAACAUCUUGAUACAACUAUGAUGGUGGAAGAGUUCCCUCGAUCAGCCAUUCGUACUAUGGAAAUCUGCGAGGAAAAUGCUACCCGGGUAAAUGAGAUCUUCUCGGGGGUGGUUGGAAGUUCAAAUGCAGCGGCACAGUAUCGGAAAGUUGCACGAGGCGACCAAUUGGAAGAUCUAAUGAAGAAAAUUCUCACGGAUGCGAUUGAAAUGUCCAAUAUCACACAACUUGCUGUCAUAAGGGGCGCAGAAGUUGAGGAGCUCAAUAAAGCUUUGCGCUCAUUUAUGGCGAUGCCUGCGUCGUUGCCGGAAAACCAGUCGGCGUAUUCGUUCGACAACUCCGGAAGUGGGUAUCAGAAUAUUAACACCAGUACGGGAAAUCAAUACAACAACACUGGCCCCGGUAAUAUGUUUACUGGCACGAUUCGGGGCUUGAAGAUGUCCAAAUGA